UUCUAUCGCUUGGGAGUUUCCUUGGCCGGGGCAGCCUUGCCAGCCCCACGGUUGUCCGCAGGAGCAGGCAGCCAGUCCUCCGCUGGUUUCUCAAGGAGGCUUAUGCUACCCUUUUCUCUCGGGAGUGCUUGCGCUCACUGCUGUCAGUUGCUUCGAAGUGGGAAAUGCAGCGAAGUAUUGUGGUUCGCCUGGCGUGCCCCCGUGCGCGGUGCCAGCCAGCCAGCCAGCCAGCCGCGUCGCGCUCCAGGACACUCCAUUCCGGCUGGGCGGACCGCUCCAGAGUUCUGCCAGUUGCAGCUCUCAGCAUCCCCCGGCCUUGCUUUGGUUAGAACGAGAGGGGACUCUCUGCGGCCACCUGCGGUUUGGCCCGUUGAGCUCCCGCCCCUCCCCAGUUUGCCAGAGAGGGGAGCGGCUGGGGGAUACUGAGCUGUAACCUGGACAGCACCAGCUUCGAGAAGGCUGUUCCACCCCUUGCCCUCCGCCAAAUGCUCCUCUUCUUGCUUGUUUGCUUUUCUGCCUCAACGCAGGCUGCAUUCCGUAUCCGUUGAGCAGGCUUAGUCCAAGUCCACUUGCUUUUGUGGUUCUCUGCCUAUACAGAUUUGUUCCCCAUUUCUUUCGGUACUUGUGCAAACCUUGGCUCUUCCUCCAUACCUGCUCACUACCUCCUCUCACAUGUGCUGGGAUGUUUGGUUGGCAUCGGAAAUAGAAGAAAGGUGUCUCAGUCUUCUUCUAAGACAAGCUUUACUCACCCAGGUGCCCUCGAAAUCUACCCAAGCCAGCACAGCACAGAAUGAUGGGAGUUGUAUUCCAAAGCAUCUGGAGUCAGAGCUUGAAAAGGCUGCCCUAAAGGCUCAGAGUGACAUAAAGUUUCCCAUCACCCUCAUGUAGCUUCAGCCCAACCCUGUGACAUAGAUUAGGUCGAAAGGGUAACUGGCUCAGCCUCACCAGGGAGCUUUCUGCAUGACUGUCGCAAUGUUCUCACACCUGCCCCUCUGUGGAUCACCGUAUGUCACAGAGUGCUUCAGCUCCCACCUAUUCAGGGCUGUUGGGCCCUUGCUCCUUUGUAUGUGAAAGAUGGCACUUGAGUUUCUGCUGUCAGAAUUGUCUUGCUGUCAAUCAGGUGGCGCAGUGGGUUAAACUGCUGGACUGGUGGAUCAAGAGGUCGCCAGUUCGAAUCUGCACAAUGGGAUGGAAGCAGAAGAAAUGUGAUCAGCAGUGGAAUCCUUGGUGCUUAUACAGAAAAAGCACGCUUGAGAAUGUUUGCCUUCAGUAGCAAAUGUAUGUCAUUAUGAACAAUUAUUUCUGGAGUUCUUUAAUUAAUGAGCCUGCAGUUACCAUCUUCGUUCUUUGCUCAUAUCUGCUAAUACCAACCAGCAGUGACCAAUAUUGGUAUCCAGUUAUAAUUGAUUUGGAAAAGAUAGAAAACUAUUCUAAGAUUGAUGUCUCUUUAUAUACAGCAAAUUUAAACAAUUUUAUUACUUGUAAUAUAUCAGUUGUCAGGUGUUUUCUCCUUGAGUUAGAAGUAAUACUAUAUGAAUCUCAAAUCGGAGAUGAUCCAGAGUUUCAUGACAGUGUGCAUCGUUUGGUCAGAUCUGUCACUGGGUUUUUAUCACACCGACCGCACAAUGAAGCACUCAAGUGUCAGCAAUGUGAAACAUUUGAAGAAAAACCAUAUGCUGAAUUUAUUAAAAACUUCUUCAGUGUUGCAAGACGUUUCCGUAUGGAAGAGCUGCACCCGACAAGGGUGACCAAAAAACCAUGAGAGUCCACUGGGAGUGUACAAUCAAAAGAACAUUUACUGUUUAUUCAGGCAUACAGGAAAUACAUGUGGCAUGUAGGUAGCCCCCAAAGGGACUACCAAGAUGGAGUCUGUACAAGAUGCUUUUAUAACCUAUCAAUUACAUACACAGUUUGGAGGAGGGGGAGGGAAUCAGUACAGCAUGCUGGAGGCACAUUAUCGUAAAAACAAUAAGGUGGUGUACAAUGCAAAGAGAAGAGCCAUCUUUAGGACAGGUAAACAAUAGCAUAUCUAAGAGUGUACGCAGAUGGAAGCUGACAUCAUUUGGAUGGUCACUGGUUCUUCACCCUCACUCUAAGGACAGCAGUAGGACUGACUUCUGCAUAAAGGACUGGGCUUUAUGAGUCCAAGCUCUCAAGACAUAGCAGCCACUGCAUGCGCAGGACACUGGCAACCUGGACUUAGAAUUCGCUAUUUCAUUGGACCAUCUUACCAUGUACAGUGGAGAUAGACAGUUGUGGAAAAAUGUCCCUAAAUCAUAUCUACGUAUGGAAGGCUGGCCCAAGAGAUUUGUUGCAUGAGGUGAUGGUGCCCUCUCUUUCAGUAUACAGAAUCCAACUGGAUUGGCCAUUGAAUGUGACUCCAAAAUUAGCAUCCUCUCUUGCUCCUGAAGGAGUUGAGCUCAUGGGGUGCAGAGCCGGCCACCUGGCAUCCGGAGCUCUGUCUGCUCCUACCCUUCAGCAUCUGCUACCUGAGGCAGUUGCUUUGCUCCACCUAAUGGAAGAGCCAGCUCCUAAGAGACUUUCUUGAUACCUUACACCAAGUUUGUGCACAUGCAUAAGGCUGAAAGCAAUGACCUGUUCGGGAGCUCAUUCUACAAAGCAGUGUGUGCGCGCAUGCCUGUGCAUGUGUGUGUUGCAAAGAAUAUCAUUUUAUCACAUUUCAUACAGUUCACCCAAACAGAAAAUAUAACAUUCUGCUUGCUCUGCUUGGAUUCAUUGUACCACUAAGCAAAAUGUUAAGUAAUAAAGAAAAAAACUCAUAUUGCAGAUUAUUAAAGGAGUUGUUAUUAAUAGACUGAAAGCCUUGCUUCUAAGCCUUUGAAAGAAAGAAUUUACGGCACACUUCUUGCAGAGUGAAAAUAAAAAGAAAUGCAUUAAACAUUGCUUGGAAAUACAAGCUGGAAAAUAUAUUAAAGAAACAC